AUGCCUUCCGCCAGAUACAUCGAGCGCCCCGGUGGCAGCCGCAAGUCCAAGGGCUUCAUCCGCUCUACUUACGAUUCCCUCACUUCUGCUGAGAACGCUUCCGUCGUCCGCAGCAUCGCCUUCUUCGGCGCUGCCGUCGCCCUCCUCUCCAGCUCUUGGGGCGAGAUGCUCGUUGUGUUCGUUAUACCCAUAGUGUCACAGUCCUGUCUGUAUCUCCGAAACUAA